AUGUCGGACUAUGACGAUGACUAUGGUCUUCCGCCAAACGAGACCAUCAGCGAGCUGGACGCGCGAUACAAUCUCACGGGGAAUCUCACGGGGAAUAAACAUGUACUGCACUACCAGUAUGACGGAGGCGAUGACUGGGAGCAUAUCAUCACGGUGGAGAGGCGCCGGCCAGGUGUCGAGGGGUCUGAGAUGAUCACGGGCGGAAAGGGGCACAGUGCGGCGGAAGAUGUUGGCGGGGCUCAUGGCUGGCAGAACCUCAAGAAGGGGUACGAGGUCAAGGACACUCCGCAGGAUACCCUCGGCGAUGAGAAGCGGAGGAGGUGGUAUGAGCGCCAGUGCAGUAAUGGGGACGCGGCGGGGCUCAAGGGGAUGGCGAGGCUUGAGCAUGUGGAUCUGGAGGCGGCGAACCAGAGGUACAAGGUGUUGCUGGAGAGGAUGGAGGACGACGAGUGGGACAAAGUGCGAAUCACCGGUCUCCCCUUCCCCCAUUCCUCCCAUUCCUCCCAUCACCCCUUCACAUUCCCCUUCAUCAUGGCCGACGACCUUGCCGACGACCCUACCUGCUACGCCGAAGCAAAGCCAACGGACUGA